CCCGCUACGACAUAUCAUCACAAAUCAAAAUGUCGAAUCCGUUUAUUCCGAAGUCUCGCCGGCCAAAGUUCCGCUUGGAAAUCAAGAUCCACGAACUGACAAAUAUCCCACUCGUCUCGGGUACUGUACACGUCAGAUGGCAUCUCUCGUCGUCAACAGCAGGUGAUUCUCGAGGCCGAACAUCGCGGGCACCGAUAAAAGAUCACAAGUGCUCAUGGGACUAUCACCGUGAGGCGGUGAUCCGCAUGGUCGUCGGAAAGGACGGCAUACUUCAAGAAUCGGGGUUAGUUUGCGAAGUCGUACAAGAGCUGAAUGGUGGAAGGGAUGUGUUUACUAUUGGUGUACUGCACAUCAACCUUGCGGAGUAUUGUGGUGUGAAGCGCGAGGAAACACGGCGGCAUCUUUUGCAGAAGUCAAAGGUGAACUCGAUCUUGAAGAUUACACUCAAGACCCAUCAGAUAUCGGGGGACACAACUUAUCGCACACCGGCGACGAAGAAGUCGUCCGUGUUCAGCGAUAUUACUGGUUUGGUAUCCGAGCACAAGGACCACUUCAGCCCCAUGACCGAAGAGUUCAGCAACCGUGCACAAAGACUACUGGAGGACAGACAGGAAGGCUUGUCAACUCAGGAUAUGUACAGGAGCACACUAGCAGCAAGAUGGCAAUCCAUGACAGGAGAACUGGACCCUCAAGCCGCUAUUGAGGAUAUCUUUCAGGGCGGUAAUGGUUGGCGAGAGGUCGAACCUGAGAAGCGGGAACGACUCUCCAAAGAAGAGCGCGAGCUGCGAGCACAGCAGAACAGGUGGGAAGAGGAGGAAAUGGAAUACGGUGGCAAAUCCUGGGUACUAAAGAACUUUGCUCAGGAAACGGUAUUGGAAGGCGACGGAAAGGCUGGGGAAGUUACGUGAUGAAGAAUGAAUUGCCGCUAAGGGGUAUCGUAAAAGUCCAUGAACUCUAGAUAAAGUCCGUGUUCCUGCGGUUCUCAAGAUCAUGCAAAGAAAAUAAGUAAAAGUGUCCAAUCCCACCUGUGGCGCCCCAUGUGAAAACCCCACCAACCUUCAGCCUGCCUCCGUGCCUACUCGCCCUCGCCAUCCAACAAACAUUACCUGUCUCCCUACCUCAUCAUCCCUAAACUUAACAAGCCCC